CCAAGGAAGGAUUGGUUCCAUUAUUUCUUCAAAAAGACUUCAAAUACCCAAGUCUCGUAGAAGUUUUGAAAAUUUGCUCUUGGAGUCUUACAGCGCAAUAUAGUUUGUCGCAAAUAUAUGUUCUCUCAUUCCGUAAAAAUGUCGAAUGCCAUUUUUUGGUUGCAGCUAAGAACUUUUGGCUUGGUUGUCGGUUGGUUGGAAGUGAUUUUCUUCACCAUGUCAACGAUUUAUUGGGGCUCAAUCUCAUUACUCGAGCAUUAUAAACGACAUGAAAAGAGUGAAACUGGACACGCCAUACGUAAUAGUUUUUACCUCGCGUUUAAUGUAAGUCAUCUACUGUCCUCAUCCCUGCUGAUUUUUGGUACCAUUAGGGAACGCCAUCACCUUCUGUUUCCCUGGCUAAUCAACAGAGGAAUAGUCCUCUUCGGAAGCAUAAUGUUGACAAUCUAUUAUAUAAAAGCAAAUGAUAGUCUGCCCUUUCUGCAAUGCCUGGUCUUUAUCUUAUUCAACUGUUUUCUCUUCUCUGGGAUCUACUCGCUUUUAAAUGAUAUUGAGGCAUCUAAUGAACUUCCGCGGCUUCGUUUGGAUACACCAGAUAAUAUCGAGGAAAAAUCUCUUUCGACCAAGUUAGACUGGAAUUCUUAUGUACAUCAAUACAAAUUCCAGCCGUCUUUGUAUGAAGUGAACUUUCCCGAUAAUGGAGAUACUGAUAAUUUAUUGAAAAGAUCUUAAUUACCUUUACAUUAUAAUGGAACAUCCCCAUUUUCAAUUUUAAACUUGGUCGACAUUGAUUGGAGUUUUAGUUAUGUAGGUUCCUUUCAAUGACUAUUUUUCUUUCGGUA